CACUUCCUGCACGGCUUCCGGCGCGGCGCGGCCCGUGCUGUGUCAGGCCGGCGCUGCCGCCAUGGCGGGUGAGGGCAGUACGUUCCGGCUGCGCUGCUCCCUGCUGGGGCACGGGCAGGACGUGCGGGGCCUCACCCGUGGCCUCUUUCCGGACGGAGGCUUCGUAUCCGUCUCACGAGACAGAACCGCGCGGCUCUGGGCCCCUGACGGUCUUAACAGGGGUUUUACUGAGAUGCACUGUAUGAGUGGCCACUCAAAUUUUGUAUCUUGUGUCUGCAUCAUACCUCCAAGUGACCUCUAUCCUCGUGGGCUGAUUGCAACUGGCGGCAAUGAUCAUAAUAUUUGCAUUUUCACAGUUGACAACCCAGCUCCUCUUUAUGUCCUUAAGGGUCAUAAAAACACAGUUUGCAGCCUUUCAUCUGGGAAAUUUGGCACGUUAUUAAGUGGAUCAUGGGAUACAACAGCAAAAGUCUGGUUGAAUGACAGAUGUAUGAUGACAUUACAGGGUCACACAGCUGCAAUAUGGGCAGUGAAGAUACUUCCUGAACAGGGAUUAAUGUUGACUGGUUCAGCUGACAAAACUAUAAAACUGUGGAAGGCAGGCAGAUGUGAAAGAACGUUCACUGGACAUGAAGAUUGUGUCAGAGGUUUAGCUAUUCUCAGUGAAAUGGAGUUCCUUUCCUGUGCUAAUGAUGCUAGUGUUCGAAGAUGGCAGAUCUCUGGCGAGUGUCUGCAGGUGUAUUAUGGACAUACAAAUUACAUAUACAGCAUCUCUGUCUUUCCUCGAUGUAAAGAUUUUGUAACUACCGGAGAGGAUAGAUCUCUUAGAAUUUGGAAACAAGGGGAAUGUGCUCAAACAAUCAGACUCCCAGCUCAGUCUGUAUGGUGCUGCUGUGUAUUAGACAAUGGUGACAUCGUAGUUGGUGCAAGUGAUGGAAUUAUAAGGGUGUUUACAGAAUCCUUGGAACGUACAGCAAGUGCUGAGGAGAUUCAAGCUUUUGAAAAUGAGCUUGCCCAAGCAUCCAUUGACCCUAAAACUGGUGAUUUAGGAGAUAUCAAUUCUGAUGAGCUUCCUGGAAGAGAGCACCUUAAGGAUCCUGGAACAAGAGAUGGACAGACGCGGCUUAUUAAAGAUAAUGGGAAAGUAGAAGCAUAUCAAUGGAGUGUUAGUGAGGGAAGAUGGAUAAAGAUUGGUGAUGUUGUUGGUUCUUCUGGAGCUACACAACAAACAUCUGGAAAAGUUUUAUUUGAAGGAAAGGAAUAUGACUAUGUUUUCACCAUUGAUGUAAAUGAAAAUGGGCCUUCCUACAAACUGCCAUAUAACAUCACUGAUGAUCCUUGGCUGACUGCAUACAACUUCCUGCAAAAGAAUGAUCUAAAUCCUAUGUUUCUGGAUCAAGUGGCCAAGUUUAUUAUGGACAACACUAAGGGGCAAACACUGUUGAGUACAAAUAAUCAAUUUUCAGAUCCAUUUACAGGAGCUGGACGUUAUGUUCCAGGGUCUUCAUCUGGAUCGACUGCGAUAUCUGGGGCAGACCCAUUUACAGGUGCUGGUCGCUAUGUUCCUGGUUCAGCAUCAAAUGCAGGACCUCCACUGGGUGGGGUUGAUCCAUUUACGGGAAUGGGUGCCUACCAGUCAGCUGCGGCUAAAGUUGAAAAUAUUUAUUUUCCGAAGAAAGAUGCUGUCACCUUUGACCAGGCCAAUCCUACACAGAUACUGGGCAAAUUAAAGGAACUUAAUGGCAGUGCAGCUGAAGAACAUAAACUCACUGAAGAUGACUUGAUAAUCCUAGAAAAGUUACUGUCUGCAACAUGUAACACCUCUGCGGAAACACCUACAGCGCAGCAACUUCAGACUUUAUGGAGAGCAGUUAACUGGCCAGAAGAUAUUGUCUUUCCAGCUCUAGACAUUCUUAGAUUGUCUGUCAGGCAUCCCACUGUGAAUGAAAACUUCUGCAGUGAAAAGGAGCACGUACAAUUUAUCAUCCUCCUCCUUAAAUUUCUGAAUCCUAAAGGCAAGCAAGCAAACCAGCUGUUGGCACUUAGAGCUCUUUGCAAUUGUUUUGUCAGCCAUGCAGGCCAGAAGCUCAUGAUGGAACAGAGGGAUGAAAUAAUGACACAAGCGAUAGAAACUAAAUCAGGCAAUAAUAAGAACAUCCACAUUGCACUGGCCACGCUGACAUUGAACUACGCUGUAUGUUUACAUAAAGUCAACAACGUUGAGGGAAAAGCUCAAUGUUUAUCAGUAAUCAGCACAGUUAUGGAAGUUGUUCAAGAUCUUGAAGCCAUUUUUAGACUGCUUGUGGCUCUUGGGACGCUAAUCAGUGAUGAUACAAAUGCUGUACAAUUAGCUAAGUCUCUGGGAGUUGAUUCUCAAAUAAAAAAGUAUGCCUCUGUAUCAGAACCUGCAAAAGUCAAAGAAUGCUGUAGGUUUGUUCUUAAUCUGUUAUAAUAUUUUUUUCUUAGCAUUUGGAAGACAGUGUAUGCAGAAAAAAGAUGCUUUUGUUCAUAUUUUAUGACAGACUAUACUUGGGAAAAUACUGUGGAUUAAUUACAUUUGACUUGUUGCAAGACACAGAGCAAAUAAAACUUUUUUCACUGUU